GCCCUGGGUCCGAAGUCGGGGCGCGCGGUGGCUGGAACGCGGAGAGCGGCGGAUGGUGCAGCCAAUGGGAGGCGGCGCUGGCUAGCGGCUGGGAGGCGGGGCCUGCGCGGGUGUUAGGUUAGCGCGAGGCGUGACCUAGUUGACAGGCUCUGAGGGCUGCUGUGGCGGCGGCCGCGGGGCUGAGGCGGGUGGGAGCCGGAGCAGUACGCCGGCUGAGGGAGGAGGGCGGCGACUAGAGAGCGGCGAAAGGCGCGGGUGCGGAGCCUCUUUCACUUUUCCCUCCCGAGUGCCCCCCCCACCCCUCCCACUCCACACACACCCUGUUUGCCCGUGAGCCUGGGGAACUUGCAGCUUAAAGCCAGCCACCCCCACAGCAACAUGUACCCCAGCAACAAGAAGAAAAAGGUGUGGAGAGAGGAGAAAGAACGUUUACUGAAGAUGACUGUAGAGGAGAGACGCAAAGAAUACACAAGGGACUAUGUUCCCCUGAACAGCAUCCCAUCAUGGAAAGAAGAGAUGAAGGGCAAGAGCCAAAAUGAUGAAGAAAAUACUCAGGAAACACCACAGGUGAAGAAAAGUUUGAGUGAAAAAGUUUCUCUCUACAGAGGUGACAUCACAUUGCUAGAGGUAGAUGCUAUAGUCAAUGCUGCAAAUGCCAGUCUUCUUGGAGGAGGAGGUGUGGAUGGCUGUAUUCAUAGAGCGGCAGGCCCCUGUUUGCUGGCUGAAUGUCGUAACCUGAAUGGCUGUGAAACUGGACAUGCAAAAAUCACGUGUGGCUAUGACCUGCCUGCAAAAUAUGUCAUCCAUACUGUAGGGCCAAUAGCCAGAGGCCAUAUUAAUGGUUCCCACAAGGAAGACCUUGCAAAUUGCUAUAAAUCAUCUCUGAAGCUGGUGAAAGAAAAUAACAUCCGAUCAGUGGCAUUUCCCUGCAUCUCAACAGGCAUUUAUGGUUUUCCAAAUGAGCCUGCUGCCAUCAUUGCCCUCAGCACCAUUAAGGAAUGGCUGGUCAAGAAUCAGCAGGAGGUGGAUCGGAUCAUCUUCUGUGUCUUCCUAGAAGUCGACUUCAAAAUCUACAAAAAGAAAAUGAGCGAGUUUUUCCCUGCUGAUGAUAAUAAAGAAGAAGAAGACAUUGACAUGAAAGAAGAUUCAGAGGGGUUAGAGCCAAAAGACCACUCUCCACCCCACAAGAAGAGCAAAGCAAAGAAGCCAGAAGGCUCCAAAGACUCUAGUGAGGAUGAGAACGGUCCAGAGGAAAAGCAAAGUGUGGAAGAAAUGGAAGGACAGAGCCAAGAAGCAGGUGGGCUCAGAUUUCUUUUGAGGAGUCUCCUAGGCCUCAUCCACAGAGAUGGUGCCAAUGCUGCUCCUGUGCCCAGCCCUUCUUCAGAAGAAGCUGAAAUCUGUAAAGAUGAAGAUUCUGCAAAGGAUGACAAUAUUACAAAAAACAGUGAAGUGAGUGACCAAGAUCAUUCCAACGGACAAGAAAAUGAUUCAAUGAAGAAUGAAAUAAAAAUUGAGGCAGAGUCCCAGAGCUCAUAUAUGGAAACAGAAGAGCUUUUAUCAAACCAAGAAGAUGCCACGAUUGUGGAUCACCCAGAAGUGGUUCCACUAACAGACGACCAAGAAGAGAAAGAAGGUGAAAAAGCUCAAGAAGAGGCCACAACUGGAGUUCCUGUGAAAAGCAAGAGUUCUGGUGACACAGAAAACUUUACAAGUCCUGAUGUUGAAAUGAAUAGUCAGGUUGACAGUGUAAAUGACCCAACAGAGAGUCGCCAAGAAGAUUAACUAAUAGGAGUGUGCAGAACAGUAAAUAUCUUUGAGCUCUUCUGAAGGAAACAAAGGCCCCCAACCCGGUGGAGAACAGUAACUUCGGGCAGAGCAUGCGAUUCCUCACCACCAAUCAGAAGAAAGUCACACACCCUGCAGCCCUCACCUCGAAUUUUGCCUAUUAAAAACUUCUUCCUGAAAGCCAUUGGGGAGUGUGGGGGUUUCGAGCGUAACUCAUUCUCCUUCCUUGGCCCUGCAAUAAACCUUAAUCUGUUCCAAACUCUGAUGAUUCAGUUUGGCCUCACUGGGCAUCAGGCACACAGACUUGCAGUCGAUAACAGUUUGAGUUUUAAAAGGCCACCUCAGUGUCAGGUUCUACUUGAUUGAGCUAAUUAGGCUCAGUCUCAGGUCAGUGUGGGCUGUAUUUACACUUCUGAUUUAUACAGAUUUGCAAGGCAAAGAGAGUUGCUUUUCAUUACUGAAAGAACUGGUUUGUCACCUAAAUGAUAUUUAAAAAUUGAUUUGCCCUACUCUGUUUUCUUUAAUUUGCUCUUCCGUGAGAAGAUUUCCAACUUAAUUGAAAUUUAAGAGUUCUUUGUUCUAGGACUUUAGUGUUCACCUUAGGCCUUCCAAAGCUUGCAUAAAGUAUUCAUCAAGGCCUGCUUUCUGAGUGCUCGAGUUAAACCCAGAGGAACAUUAUUACUAUGAUUUUUGUUUUCCUGAGUAUUAGUUUCCAGGUUUUACUUUAUAUUGUACGGCUCAGGUAACCCUACUGGUUUCCUUUAGUAUGUUUAUGAUUUCCUGAAGGGCAGAUCUAUAUGUCCUGUCUUAUAAUACCAAGCAGGGGAAGCAUUCCCCAGUGAAACAUAUCCCACAGUGUUAAUUAGCAAAAGAGAUGUAACCAUCCUAGAAAAAGCACAUUUAAAUAUACCAACUUUUAUAGACAUUGAUCUCAAUCUUAACAACUUUUACAUAUUUAACUUUAGUUUCCAUGAAGACCCAAUCAACAAGUCUUAGUCUUACAAGUUCUAGAAACUUUCUUUUUAUCCCCGGCCCAUUUUAAAUAUUUUUAUAUAAAAGACUCUGGGAUCCCCAUUGAAGGACUGAGACAAGGAACUCAGGUCCUUUUGUCAAUCUUUUAACUUGACUAAUUGGCCUAACUGUUGCCCCAUGUAAUUCUUGGCCAGAAAUCUCAGUAUAAUAUUCUUACAGCCUUAUAUAGAGAGAUAAUAAAUUGAUAAAUAUAUUUAUAAAAUACAUAAAAUAUAUAAAAACUCCUAAAAUAUAGUAUAUAAAUAUGUAUUAAAUAAAUUAGAUACCAGUAAAAACAGUUGUUUAUAAUGAGAGCACUCUAAAAAUUGACCAAUUUAGAAGUUUCUCUGAUUUAAAGGAUCCAUCAUCUGGCCAUUCAUGAGAUCUGAAUAGUGACUCAAACCAGUAAGACGCAAGAGCCUUCCCAAGAAGAUUCCCCAGCAAAGAGUGUGAAAAAUACCACCUAAACAAGAUUCAGAAAGUUUACUCUCCAAAACAGUGUAAGAAAAUAAAGGCCUUCAUCAUGCAAAGGAUAAGUGGCAAAAGCCCCUGAGAAUCAGCACAGCUAGAAUCUCAGUCUAUUCGAUUUGUUACCAAAUAUACACCAUAUGUAUACCUUUUGGGUAGUAGAAAACACCCAACAUACAUACACAUAAAUGCCUGAAGAGGAUCAGGCAGAAUAUUUACAUUUGAAAGACACAGGAGGAGAAAAGCAAGUUACCCCUAGAAAGACUUUUGUUUCUUUAAGGUUAGAAUUCUGAAAAGAUGUUUUUAUCAAGCCAGGUGUUUUUGUUUGUUUGUUUUUAACUUCAUAUGCAAUAGAAGAGCCCCAUUCCUUGUCAUUUUCAGAGGGAAUUUUCCUUUAAUUCCCAAUUAGUUGAGUGUUUAUAGGCCUAAGUUUUGUGCAUACCUUGCUGGGGUAUUAGUUGGAGGCUUACCAUCUGUCAUUCCUUUUUCCUUCGUCUUGAAAGUGUUAUUCCCCAUUCAGAGGUUGGUUUGUCAAAAUAAAAUCACUAGUGAUAAUCGAGCGGUGGGUCAAUGAGCUGCUUGUUAGCGUAACUCCUCUGGGUUUAACCCCAGAAUCAUUUCAGCCCCCUCUUAUGUGUCCCUGGCAGUGCAAGCUUUAGUUAAAAUAAGUAGGUUUCCUUAUAGGGACAGCUGCACAAGAUGAGGACUUGCCUCCACCAUACUCAUAAGUUUCUCAGUUACCCGAGAGAGCUGUUGUUGGCUGAGAGGAGAUGUCCCCUCCUUCGGAGUUGAAACCUCUCAUAAGAUUUCAGUUUUAUUUUGACAAACUCUAUAAAGGUAGCCAAUUCAAUGGAAAAUGACAGGCCACUCUUUCCUCUAAUUACCCAAUCCAACCCUAUUCUGUCUUUCAACAGAGCCAGAUCUUCCCAGUCUUUAAACUGAGGAUAACCCAGGUACCUCUUGUUGAAACUAAGUUUCAAAAAUAAUCUGCCCCUCCAGAGAGGGGUAUAAUAUUACUGAAUAAAGUUUAGUAUCAUCGACCAAUAAUAGGAGAUCUGAGAACCAGAAGAGACCUCCUCAUUUGGGCUCUCUGAGGAAGUGGUUGGGCCCAAGAGGCCUCUGCUACCACCAAGUUCUGGGUCCUUGUAGAGUUCAGAUGAAGAAGUCUGCUCUGGGCUCCUUCAUUUGGUCACCAAAAUUGCCAACUGGAAAAAAAAAUGCACAUCCUAAAAAUUGAGAAUGAUGGUUUUUUUUGGAGGAUUUUCAGAGGACUUCAGGCCUGGAGGGUAGGCUCUGAGAAAGCUCUGAGGGACCACUCCAAAGAUGCAAAGGAGGAGCCAGGACAUACAGGAUUUUUGCAGCAAAGACCAGGUAGUCAGAACAUCAAAAGUUUACUAUUAAUUAAAAGCAGACAUCUCAAGUUAAUGAAUUUAGUGCUUUUCUAUAUAUGAGAAGAUUCAAGAGUCUGGGCUAAUCAAAAUCAUUUCUUUCAUAUGCACCUUAGCUAUAUAGGACCAGGAGCCUGUUCUUUCCCAUCCUGAGUCCCUUCAGGGCUCACCGUUGGGUGCUCAUAUAUGGCAGGCAACAUUUUUCUGUCAUUCUCAAUGCAUCUUUGCUGAAGGCUCUGUACUCUCCUAGAGGUCUAUGUGGCACUAGACUCAAGCUCCAGCAUCAUGAUUGAUAAAAGUUUGAAAAUAUGUGAAAGCAAGCAGCUGUCUUCUCAUCAUGGGUUUUUUUGUUUUGUUUUGGCCGCCCUAUGGCAUUCCCAGGCCAGGGAUCAGAUCCGAGCCACAGUUGUGACCUAAGCCACGGCUGCAGCGAUACCACUGUGCCAGGUCUGGGAUCGAAUGUGCAUCCCAGCUCUCCUAAGAUGCUGCCAAUCCCUUUGUGCCACAGCAGGAAUUCUUUCCCAUCAUGGUCUGAACAUCAUUUAAAACUAAAUAUAAUAGCAUUUGGGCAAUACAUAUAUACCAUAGGUCUGCUAAAAAAUAUAAACUCACUCAAACAUAGACUUACAAGCAUUUUUUUUUAACUUUGUUCAGCUAUUUAAAAUUAUCCUGCCAUAAGCUGUAGAAAUGAUACAGUAGAGAGGUUUCCAUUAGAAAGUAAUGAAGUGAGACUAAACCUAAAUGAUUUAAAUGCAGGUUCCUCAGUAUUGCUUUACCUUUUGCUGCCAACAAACUAUAGACUGCUUGUCUAGAUUUUUUUCUUACAGACACUAUUAUUUUUCUGUGUGAUCAAUAUCUGGAUGAAGUAUUAAAAUAAGUAUGUUUUCCUUGGUUAACAUCAAAAUAUUUUCCUUGGCCAUAAACAUGAAUCUAUGUGCAUUUACCCAAAUGUAUAUGUUGUUGAAACUUAAAAGUUUAAAAUUAAAGAAACUAAACUCUAGGAAGAAGUGACUUACACAGGAUCACUUAGUAGAUCAAUGGAAGCUCAAAUACCUUGAGCACAAUGUUAUUUGAUGACACUGUACUGUUCCCUAAAUAAUAGUGUGUUUCUGAACAUAGUUGUCACAGAGAACAAGGAACUUCAUCAUUUCCUACAGUAAUAUUUAUGCAGCUGGGUUUGUAGAGGUUAUCUGGUAGUUCAACAGGAAGAAAGAACCUUUAGUUCUGUGCAUCAUACACCCAAGGAAAUUAAAUAAAUGCAAUAGAAUUAGAAUUACAGCAUUCAAAGACAUAACACAAGAAUUUUGGUGUGUAAUUUAUAAUUGCAAAAAAUCAGGGAUAUAAAUGACAAUAGGGGAACAAUUCAAUGAAUCCAUAGAACACUGUGCAAAUGUAAAAAUAAUUUUUCAACAAGUAUUUGAGGGCAUGGAAAGAUGGUUAUGGAAUCUGAACCUUUGGUUCCAAAGAAACAGCAAAUGUGGCUUCCAGUUUGGGCUUUUAAAUGGCUUUGUAACUGCCAUUUUUGUGCUCUCAGAAUGCUUGAAUUUUGGAAUCUGGCCACCCUGUAAGAAGCUCAAGCUGUGCUGUAGAAUGAGGAAGGACAUAUCGAGAGAGAUUCAGGAAACUGGGCAGUUUUGAUAUUCUGGCCCCAGUUGGAUGCCACCUAGAACAUAUGAACUGCCCAGCUGAGCCCAGGCCAGAUUAGAGAAUUGUGAGAAAUAAUAAAUCCUGAGUUGAUUGAUGCUUUGGAGUGACUUGUUUUAUAGUAAUAGGUGACUGAAAAGGUGCUGUAAAGCAGAACCCCUUUCAAUGCAAAUGUUUAGAAGUGAGAAAUAAACUGUAACAAAAAUGUUCUAAAAUACAUAGCUCAACUGACAUGAAAGCUGAGGUCAGAAAUGAAGAAGAAUUUGAAAAACAAAGCAAUAAUCUGGUGAGCUGAAGAUGCAGAAGCCCCGAAGGCUGCAGUUGGGUUGUUGUUGCAGAGAUAGGUUUUUAUGCCCAUCUAGGACCUUGGGCCAUUCAAGGUAAGGAGCUGAAAUGGCUACCUUUACAUAUAUAAAUCUGGGAUUCUCAGCUCAAGAAAUUAACAAGGAGACAAGUCUGCUAGGGUGCUGCCUGGGGAAAGAAAAAGGCUCCCAUGAUAAGUAGAAAACAUGAAUGCACCAUGCAACUGAAACACAAAUUUUCAUGCCAUUCAAAGUCAUGCAGUUUUAUCCCUGGUAGAGUUAGCAAAUGGAAAUGUAAAAUCAUCCCUUGGAAUUCCUACAUAAAAAAUAAAUUUCUAAAGAUGAGUUCACAAUUUCAAGACUUACAAAAGACAUAAGGAAAUGAUCCAUCGUAAGUGAGAGUUGAUAGGAAAAAUUAUAGGAUAAUUAUUACUAUGAGAACUUGAGAGAAUAGAACAUUUUAAAGAUUUUAUGAAAUAAAUACAUUUAAGUGACAGAUAGAAAGUAGAUAAAUAUAAGAAAAGAGAAAACUAAAAAAUUUGGAAAAAGCCAGUGAAUAUGUAGUAACAUAAAAUGGCACAUGAGAAGACCUAGGGAUGGAAGGAGAAUAACCAAGAUAUUUUGUGUUCAAUAAGAGUCCUGAAAGGAAACAGUCAGUAGUAGUUGGAAGAUACUAGUGAGGUUUUCCCUGUAUUAAUAAAAGUUCAUAAAUUUUAAGUUAAAAGAAUAAUAAAUUACAAGAAGGACAUAUUUCAAAUAAAUUCAAACUUAAGCACUGCAUAACACCAGAAACAAAGAGAAAAAAAAAUGAAAACACAGAUAAAGGAGAACUCAUCUAAAGAAAUAAGAUAGCAGGCUUCACAAGAUCAAGAAUUUAGAUCAGAAGGCAAUAGAAUAAUUGAGUCUUCAAAACAUGGAUAAAAAUAUUGUCAACAUUGAGUUCUUCAAAAUCACUAUCAUUUACAAAAAAAGUGUACCCACCAUUUUCAGAAGAAAAAAAAAAAAAAGAUUUGCUACUCACAUUCCUUUUCUCUAAAAGCUACUGGGGGAAUGGGAUCAAGAUAGCAGAGGAGUAGGACAUGAAGUUCACCUCCUCCCACAAAAACAUUAAAAAUACUUCUACAAGUGGAAUAAUUCCCACAGAACAUCUCCUGAAUGCCAGCAGAAAAGAUCUCAGACUUCUGAAAGGGCAAGAAAACCUCCAUGUAACUGGAUAGGACAAAAGGAUAAAAAAAGAGAAAGAAUGAACUGGCACGUGGCCUGCACUCUAGGGAGGUAGCUGUAAAGGAGGAAAGGUUGCUGCACAUUGGUAAGUAUCCUCACUGGUAGGGAGAUCAGCCUGGUCAGAGGGGGAGCUUCAGAACCUAGGAGGAGAAUGCAACAGCUGGCUUGUGAGAGGAAAAGUGGGGAGUAACCUGCACAAAAGGUUGGCAAUGCAGCCUAUGCUCCCCAGCCUGAAAUGCUCAUCCAUCUCUGCUAGUGGAGGGUGGGUGCUAAAGUUUGGGCUUCAGAGGCCAGACCCAGAGAAAGGACUGGGGUUGGUUAUGCAGAGAUAGCCUGAAGAGGCUGAACUAUGGCAUCUGAAGAUGUACUCAGAAGAAGCCUAGCCCAUUAAGAGGGGCAAGAUGCCAUUGUUGAUGGGCAUGUGAGGAGAAGGGCAGGACCACCAUAAGAACGUCUUUCCUUGUGUGCCCUCUCAGACAAUAGGACACUGCCUGCAGGAGCUCUAGGGGCAGGCAUGAACUGCUAGACCAUUGUGGACUCCAGAGGUGGGCAUGGACUGCCACUAUAAGACCCAUGAGUAAGUUCCAAGUGCUGCCCCACUGUUCCAGGAGCACUCAAGGGCUCCUAUACCUGUAGACCCCAUAUCAAGGGGGUAAGGACCUGUGGACUCCAUCAAGGCAUAUGCUGAGGAAAGAGGCAGCUUCUUGCUGCCUCUUGCUCCAAACUAAAAGCAGCUCAUCAAUUCCAGAUAAGAUGGCAGAAUGGAGGAAACUGACCUCACCUCCUCUUAUGAAAACACCAAAAUCACAACUAAAUUGCUGAACAACCUUCAAGAAAAAGAGAUUAGAACCUACCAAAAAGGAUAUUUUACAUUCAAAGAAAAGAGGCCACAACAAGAUGAUAGGAGGGGCACCUUCAUCAUUUAAUCAAAUCCCAUAUCUUCCAGGUAGGUGACCCCAAACUGGAAAAUAAUUAUAUCACAGAAGUUUUCCCACAGGAGGGAGAGUUCUGAGCAAGGCUCUCAGCCUGAGGUUCUGGCAUUAAGAGGAAGAGCCUCCAGAGUAUUUUUCUUUGAAGGCCAGUGGGGCUUGAAUGUAGGAGCUCCAUAGGAAUGGGGGAAAUAGAGACUCUACUGUGGGGCACAUACAAGGUUUCAUGUGCACUGGGACCCAGAAAAAAGCAAUGACUUCAUAGAAGCCUAGGUUAGACCUGUGUGUCUUGGAGGGUCUCCAGAAGAGGUGGGUGUUGGGAGUGGCUCACUGUGGGGGUAAGGACACUGGCGGCAGAGGCCUCAGGGAAUAUUUAUCAGUGUGAGCUUUACUAGAUGUCACCAUUUUGUUACAGAGACGUGAAACCACCCUACAGCCUGCAGGCUCCAGUGCUGAAACACAGCAGACCAAACAACCAUCCAAGUAGGAACACAGCCCCACCCCCACCCUAUAGGCUGCCUAAAGUCAUACUGAGCUCAUAGCCACCUCUAAACACACCAUGUGACACAGCCCUGCCCACAGGAGUGACAAUACUAGCUCCACCACCAAUGCUCAAACACCAGUCCCUCCCACCAGGAAGCCUGAACAAGCCUCUGGACCAACCUUACCAACUAGGGGACAGACACCAGAAGCAAGAGGAAUUAUGAUUCUGCAGCCUGCAGAAAGGAGACCAUAAACACAGAAAGUUAGACAAAAUGAAACAUCAGAGAAAUAUAUUCCAGAUGAAAGAACAAAAUAAAAACUCAGAAGAAUAACUAAGUGGAGAUAGACAAACUACCUGAAAAAGAAUUCAGAGUAAUGAUAGUAAAGAUGAUCCAAGAUCUCAGAACAGAGGCAUAUACAAAGAAGAUACAAGAAGUGUUUCACAGGAGCUAGAAGAUAUAAAGAUGAACAAUACAAGAACAAAUAAAAAAUACACUAAAAGGAAUCAAUAGCAGAAUAAGGCAGAAGAACAAAUAAGUGAGCCAGAAAAUAGAGUGGUGGAAAUCAUUGCUACAGGACAAAAUAAAGAAAAAAGAAUGAAAAGAAGUGAGAACAGUCUUGGAGACGUUUGGAACAAUAUUAAAUGCACCAACAUUCACAUUUAAGGGUAUGAGAAGGAGAAGAGAGAGAGAAAGUGCCUUAAAAAAUGUUUGAAGGUAUUAUAGCCAAAAACCUCCCUAACGUGGAAUAGUAUACAGUCUCUCAAUUUCAAAAGUGCAGAGAGUCCAAUACAGGAUACAUUCAAAGAGGAACACGAUGAUUCCUAUUAAUCACGCUGACCAAAAUUAAAAACAAAAAAUAAUAAACAAGGGGAAAGCAACAAAUAAUAUACAGGGGAGUGUCCACAAGGUUAUUAGCUGUUUUUCAGCAGAAACUUUGCAGGCCAUAAGGGAGUGGCAUGAUAUAUUUAAAUUGAUGAAAGGGAAAAACUUACAACUAAGAAUACUCUACCCAGCAAUGCUCUUAUUCAGAUUCAACAGAGAAAGCAAAACUUUACAGAAAAGCAAAAGCUAAGAGGAUUCACCACCACCAAACCAGCUUUACAAUAAAGGCUAAAGGAACUUCUCUAGGCAGAAAAGAAAAGGCCACAACUAGAAAUAAGAAAAUAAUGAAUGAGAAAGAUCACCUGUAAAGGCAAACAUACAGUACAGGUAAGAAAUCAUCCAAACACAAAUAUGAUAUCAAAACCAGCAGUCAUGGUAAGAGGACAAAUCCAGGAUAUUGGAAAUGCAUUUGCAGUUAAGACAACAGUAACUUAAAACGAUCUUGUAUAUAUGGAGACUGUUAUAUCAAAACCUCAGGGGAAUUUCAAACCAAAAAAAACUAUAGUAUACACACAC